AGGGGGGUGGAAGAGGCAGAGGAAAGAAGAAGCCAUGGAGCUGGCUCUGAGGAUGGACAUGGCCAGGACGCACUUUGAGAGGAAGUCCCAGCGCGCCGCACUCAUCAAAUGGCUGGACUGGAUAAAAUCGCACCAGAGGAGAAGAGCGGCUUAUAUUGACCGACUUCAGACUCUAGUCAACGCCUUCCGCCUCAAGCGCAUCCUGGCUGCUUGGCUUGCUGUUGCAAAGGACUCACAGAGGACUAAAGAGUAUUUCAAGAGGCUGGAGCUAAGUGUCACAGAGUUCAGCAGUAAGGAUCAGCAGACUCCUCGGCCGCCGGGGGAGAGAGUCGAUGGAGUCUCAGUGCUCCCUCAUCACCUCUCAUUGAAGAUCUUUCAAUAUUUAGAAAUAAGGGACUGGCUAAACUGUGCUGAGGUAUGCUGCGCGUGGAAAUCUAUCGUCCAUUCAGGCACGUUGUGGAGUCAGAUUAACUUCUCUGUGGGGAAAGACUGGAUAACAGACAGCACGGUGCAGCAAAUUCUGCAGAGCUACCGGCCCUUUGUGACCCGCCUGAACCUGCGCGGCUGCACGUCGUUAAAGUGGUCCAGCUUAAAAUACAUCAGUGAAUGCAGAAACCUGCAGGAACUCAACAUGUCAGAGUGUUUAGUGGUUUCUGACAUGAUGAUUCAGAGAAUCACCGAGGGAUGUCCGUGCCUGCUCUACCUGAACCUUUCCUCCACACUUGUAACAGAUCACUCUUUGAAAGCAAUAUUCAGGAAUUGUCUUAGCCUUCAGUACCUGAGCCUAGCCCACUGCCGCAGAUUCACAGAUGAAGGAUUUCUGUGCCUGACCACAGAGAAAGGCGGUCGGAAUCUCACCCACCUCAACUUAUCCGAAUGCUCUCAGAUGACAGCGAAUGGGUUCAGAUACAUUUCUGCAGGAUGCCUGUCUCUCACAGAGGUUGUGAUCAACGACAUGCCAACUCUGUCAGACAGCUGUGUUUUGGCCUUACUUACCAGUUGUUACUGUCUUUCCUCCGUCUCUCUGCUGUGGUGCCCUAACCUCUCCGACGUUGCUCUCAAAGCCAUUGCAAAAGCAUCCAAUCUGAAGUUCUUCAGUAUCGAGGGCAACAACCAAAUAACUGAUGUCAGCUGGCGGGCCCUGUGCAGCCACUCGCAAGGUCUCUGCAGACUCCAGGCUGCAGACUGUCCUGGAAUGACCGAUGAUAGCCUGAGAUAUGUGGCCAGCCUCAAAAACCUAAAAUACUUGGACAUUUCACUCUGCAGCAAGGUGAGUGAUGCUGGAAUCAAGUGUCUGACUGAUGGCUCCUCAACGAAUGAACUGCAUCAUCUUAGCAUCAGUCGCUGCUGCCUCGUUACUGACAACUCUGUCAGGAGGAUUGCACGGAGGUUGCGUAAACUGUACCAUCUGAAUCUGAGUUACUGUGAGAGGCUGACGGAUCCGGCUGUGGAGCUGCUGAGCGGCAGCUCCAUCUGCUCUCUUGACAUGAGCGGCUGCAACAUCCAGGAUCAGGGACUGGCUGCGCUUCAGAGGGUCCAUCUAAAGAAGAUUGUACUUGCUGAGUGUGUAAACAUCACAGAUACUGGCAUAGAGAAACUGUGCAAGAACACGAGAGACCUGGAGCACGUCGAUGUUUCUCACUGUGUAGCUUUAUCUGACGCAGCAAUCAGGGCGGUUUCAUUUUACUGCAGAGGUCUGCUCACACUGAGGAUGUCAGGGUGUCCAAAGAUGACAGAUAUGGCAGUGCUGUACCUGACCAGCGGGUCUCAGUAUCUGCGGGAACUGGACAUAAGCGGCUGCACCCUUCUCACCGAUCGCUCUCUUCGACACUUAAAAAGAAUCUGUCCUCCACUGACCUCCAUCAGAAUGACCUGCUGCAGCAGCAUCUCGUGGGCAGCUGCCAUAAAGCUGCAGGCACGGGUUUCACACUGGGAGUACAGGAACUUCAACCCUUCCAGCUGUUUUGACGGCAGUGCAAACCAAUAAGCAAUGAGUCUAAAGGCUGUUGUUACAUGGAAGGUGGAGGAGAGGGACUCUGCAGUGACAUAAAUGACCAUAAAAACGAUGAAUGAUAAGCACUCACCCGUCAGCGUGAUCAGGCCGUCUGAGGUGUUCCUUCUUUCCUCCUGCAGAGGAACCUCUGGGCCGACGUCCACCGACGCGCCACAGAGACUUACGGCAGCUCUUAAUGAAGACGGGACGCGCACGCUCACCGCUCCUACGCGAGACGAAGAUAAAUGCGUAAGCCAGAGUACGGAAAGAAACGGGCCAGCGAGUGACAGGAGUUCAGUCCUCGGCCUACUUACCGUCCUGACUGUGGAGUUCAGCUGUGCCGCUGUCUCCCACGUAGACAUCAAUGCUUCCGCUGGUGGAGGAAACCUUCAGGAAACUAUUUGAACCACCUGCAGGAGAAGAGGGAGCCUCCAGCUUAGACAGAAGCCAUGCAUGGGUCAAUGUGCAGCCAGCCAGCCUGCUUACCAACAACUGUAUCUCCACAUUCGGUCUUCACUGUGGUGUUGCCUUUAAUGAAUGAAUAAAAAAAAUACAUACAUAAAGACAGGAUUAGUUAACCUGAUCACUUUUUUCCUUCACUACUACAUGGUGAAAAAACAAAUGACUGAAAA